UGUAAAUACGCAUUACAUAGAAUUCUUAAUUUAAGUGCAAUUUUGUCCACUAACUUCGACGAAGAUAAAUACAUAGAAUAAUGUCAUUAAGAUACGUUAAAUACUGUCGAUGUAUGAAAAAAGCCGUGAGAAAUCUCAGCUGGCAAUCGAUCGAAUUCACGGACGGCAUAUUAGACAUAGAGAGGACGAAUUUAUCGGAGUGCAAUUUGGUUAGGAAAAAUGAGCCGCCGUUGUCACCGAGAAGGUGGACAUCCGAACCUAACGUACAUUAUAUUGCGGACUACGAUGAUCUCUGUGGACCUUGGCCUUCACCAGAUCAUCCGACUUUUAAACAGUAUGAUGACGUCGAGCUCAGGCCGACGUUGUGUACUUGGACAUUUAUUAAAACUGAUGACGUGAAGUGCAUGAAGCAAAAUUUGUUUGAUAAAAAUGCAAUUACAUUUAUUAUUGACAAAAGAUUACCCAAUGAUAAUGUAAUAUUCGAGGGAAAAGGCAGAGAGGUUUUUUUAAACUUUGCUUGGGAUAUUUUUAAGUACAUGAGAGAUAAAAAGUUCUCCGGUAAAGGAAUAUCAGCAGUACUGGGAUUAUUUUACUUGACACACCGAUUUUUUCUCUCAACACCUUGGCGUACGGGCCGCGAUACAUACGAUUUUUUUCAACGUGGUCUUGAUCUACAUAUUUUACUGAAACCACCAGAAAGCGAUAUGAUAUUCAAUUUUUCAGAAUACGACGAGUUGCUUGAAAUGUUUCAGCGGAUAUACAUGGAGAAAUUAGAGCUCACGCGAUUGGCUUGCAUCCCUAAUUAUCACUUAAUUUUAAAGAAGAAACAAUGCUGCAGGGUUAAUCAGUAA